GGGGCGCUAAAGGCAUUCCCACUUCGUGACCGGCGACGAAAGGAAAGCGGAUGUGCUGAAGUCGAAACCUUUGAUAAAGUUGGUGUAAUGGCUUGAAAGUAAAAUAGCAGAGAAAGAAAGCUGGAAGCCAUGGCCUGUGCUCGAGUGCCGCUGGAUCAGCAGGAGGUGACCAUAUCUGACACGCUGGGAAAGGAGCGCACUCUGCCUUCAUUGCAUCCUGACAGGAAGGAAGAGCGUUACUUUGUGCCCUAUAAGCCCCCACCGGAUAAUGGCUCCCCUGCUGAGGUGGAGGAGUUUUUGGAAUGUGCUAAGUUCAUCACUGAGGAUCUUGAUUGGCUGCUUGCACUGCCUCAUGACAAGUUCUGGUGCCAGGUGGUGUUUGAUGAGUCACUACAGAGAUCCUUAGACUCGUACCUUCGUCAUGCUCCACGUGAUCUUGAUCUCGCCGCGCUGCCUUCGUCCCCUGCGGUAGCGAACAUGCAGCGUUCAGUUCACAGGCUUGUUUUUUUGACCUUCCUCAGGAUGGCUACAUAUAAAGAGUCCAAGGAAAACUUCCUCUCCCCAGCUGUUUUUGGUGAAAUAAUCUAUGAGAAUUUCCUGUUUGACAUUCCAAAAAUUUUGGAUCUGUGUGUGCUCUUCGGGAAGGGCAACAGCCAGCUGCUGCAUAAAAUGAUAGAGAACAUCUUUACCCAGCAGCCAGCCUACUACAGUGACCUGGAUGAGACUGUGCCCACUGUGUUACAGGUGUUUGACACCAUCACGGGCAAGUGUGGUGUUCGGUGUGAAGGGGCGUCUGCAAUAGAACCACUGAAGCUGAGUGAACACAAACAACCCACUGCCAUGACCAUGAGCCAGGAGGAAUUUGUAGAUAUUAUUCUCUACCUGUGUGACUCAACCACAACUAUCCACGCUUUCCUAGACAUCUUUCCCGCUGCCUGCUUCAGCUUCCAAUCACACGGCUUCCUCAGCAGACUGACCUCAUUUUAUGAAAUCACUGUGCCCGACCUUGAAAAUGCUGUGAGGAAAAGAAACUUUGAGGACAAAAGUCUUCAGGAGGAUUUGUGGAACAGGCUGUCCCAUUCCUGUCACAAGAUGGUAGAGACGGUUCAUGUGCUGCUGCACCACAGCUGCUUCCAGCCCAUUCUGGAGGGGGGAGAAAACAGUCAAACCUAUGCAGAGAAACUCCUACAAUAUUUCACAUCUUUUUUACAUGAAAAAAGAUUCCUGACAGACUAUGAUGAGCAGUACCCUGUUGCUGAUGAUAUCAGCCUGCUUCAACAAGCCUUCCCCAUCAUUGAUGAGACCAGGACGUCGUACCUGCUGCAGGGGGUGGAAAGUGCCUGGGAUAGUUUGGGGCACCAUCAAAGAGCACAAAGCCGCAUUCAACACAAAUUUACUCCAGAGGUGCUGGCCAGCCAGGAAGCAGCAGACAAGGCUGAUGGCCACAAAGCUCCAGAGACUGAAGACCUGAGGGGAGCAGAAGCCAUUUUAGAUGUUCCCAAAAAAGGAAACGGUGCGGUGUGUCCGGUGAGUGCAGCCGAGCUGGAGUCUCUGCUAUCGUGUAUCAGGGACCUGCUGCCUGAUUUGGGAGAGGGCUUCCUGCUGGCCUGCCUGCAGGAGUAUGACUACAACUCUGAGCUGGUCAUCAACAACAUCCUGGAGGACCACCUAGCCCCCAGCCUGGACAAACUGGAUCGAGCCAUGCCCAGGCCAGUGAAGGAGGAGCUACCAGGCGUCUUAUGUGAGAGGUCCAACGUGUUUGAUGAUGAUGAGUUUGACGUCUUCCGCAGGGACCAAGUAGACAUGAGCCGUAUCUGGAAGGGCAGGAGGAAAGAUGAGAGUGUUCGACAGAUGCUCAACGACAAGCAACACAUCGCUGAGCAAAAGGCUCGUUAUCAGGCUUAUGAAACCGUAGUGGAUGAGGUCAUUAUCGAACCCGGGCAAACCGCCGCCACCUACGGUCUGGAUGACUAUGACGAUGAGUAUGAUGACACUUAUGACAUGAACCAAGUGGGAGCCAAUGACCUGGAUGGUGACAGUUUGCUGAACCGUAGGCCUUUUACAGUCCCACGGGUGCUACAAAAAGAUAACAAGCCAGAUGAGGAUGAAGAUGAGGAAGAGCAAGAUGCUUUACAGAACAAUGUAAACAGGGACCAGUUUGUGCAGGACCCGGCCCUGCUGAGAGAGAAAGCUGAAGCGAGAAGAGCCGCCAUGCAGCAAAGGAAAAGUUUUCGUCCGGAGCGUACCACCAAUGUGGUUGGCCAGCCGCGAGGCCAAGGCCAAACCACAGAGACUGUCCAGGACCGACCCAGGAAGGAGGCCAACAAGAGCCGCGUUGCCAACCACAACCGUCGCACCAUGGCAGACCGCAAGAGGAACAAAGGCAUGAUCCCGUCCUAAAGUGCCGCGUGAGCAGACAGGAAAGUGACGGGAAAGAACUGGACUCAGCUUUUCAGGUUGAAUAUUAUGACUUUACUGACCUAAGGUCACAGUUUUUUGUCCUUUACAUAAGGAAAAGCCUUCAUGCUUGUUGAAAACUUGCAUUUGGAUUAUAACUUUCUUUUGGCAAAGUCAUAUUUUUGUUAUCAAAGGCUGCCAUGCAGCUUGUCGAAAUGUUUAAGACUAAACAUUAAUUAUAAAGUUUGAGCUGGAGCUCUUA